AUGCAGCUCGGGCGCGACAUCGAGCUCGAGAUCUUCCGCCACUUCCACGGCGUCGCCAUGUUCAUCGAGAAGGCGGCUGCAACAGGGCCCAGCAGUGAGAUCGAGGUGGCAUUCAAGGUCAUCGUCGGCUCCCCGCCCAUGUUCCGAGGCACCACGCAGACCGGGCGCGACAUCGAGCUCGAGAUCCUCCGCCACUUCCACGCCACUUCCACGGCGUCGCCAUUUCCAUCGAGAAGGCGGCUGCGACAGGGCCUAGCAGUGAGAUCGAGGAGGCGUUCAAGGUUUGCCAAGCAGAUCAGCGAGAGCCAGACCAUCUGGUUAUAUACUGCGGUACUUGAAGGCCUUCCAAUGAUGAAGCAGAUCCUCCACGACAAUGACCUCACUGCCAUGGCCACCGUCGCGCACUACACAUGUGCAUACGAGGCCACCGCCAAGCUCGAGUGGUGGGACAAGUCCAGGAGACGGCGUCAGACUUGCCCCUGCCAGUCGCGCCGGUGGGGCAUCAACGACCCAUCGGUCGGCAACCGCUCCAUUCAGAAGGAGAACUUUGACUCACUGGCCAGUCCCGUUGGAUGGCAUUCUUUGCCUUAUUACGUGGACCCUGUUUCCGUUGGCUUCAAACCGGAGGACUGCCAGAAGCUGCGGAUCACCACGACGACGUGGGGCGACAACGUCUUCAUCCAUGAGAACUGGGAAGGGCGCAACAGCUGGCAGACCAACUAUCGCCAGGAUGCUGGCGUGGACCUGAAGUACGUCAACGCCUCGGUCACGUCGCUUUUCUACAUGUCCAACUUGGUUCACGAUCUCUACUACCGUUAUAGCUUCGACGAGGUGUCGGGCAACUUCCAGCAGCACAAUUUCGGCCGUGUCGGUGAGGAGAGCGAUGCUGACGUCGCCAAAGGUCUAUAA